AUGCACAACUUUGUGAACCUGACAGAGUUUAACCAGUCUAAUCACUGUGUGCAUGCAUCCUGUCCAGAGAGAUCUGUAUCUCCUGCAGUUUAUAGAUUUUUGUAUGUGUGUUCAGCUGCUGUGGUUCUGCUAACAGUGUGUGGAAAUAUGCUUGUCAUCAUCUCUGUUCUUCACUUUAAGCAGCUUCACACUCCAACAAACACAAUUGUGCUCUCUCUAGCUGUGUCAGAUUUCCUCAUUGGAGCUUUUGUUAUGCUUCCAGUAUUAAUCUGGACGAUAGAGUCAUGCUGGAUUUUUAACACAAGUUACUGCAUCUGUUUGUUGAUCAGUUCUUUUUUUCUUGCAAAUGUCUCCAUCUAUAAUAUAGCUUUAGUCUCAGUAGAUCGGUAUUUGGCUCUCUCAAAGCCAUUUUUCUACACAAACAAAAUCUCUAGAAGGAAAAUGUGCAUUGUGGUUUAUUCUAACUGGUGUUUGUGUGUGGUGUAUGUCAUAGCAGUUCUGUAUUUUAAUGGAAGUUUCAUGGGUGUGUUAUUGUGUCCUGGAGAGUGUUUUCUGUUUUUUAAUGAGGUUUGGUCUGUAAUUGAUCUUGUACAUUCAUUUAUAUUUCCACUCUCUAUCAUAAUCAUAUUGUAUACUGGAGUUUUUGUGAUUGCUAGGAAACAUGCCACUGCUAUCAGAGAGCUUAAUAAUCACACACGGCCUAAAGCACAGAAAACCACCGUACACUUAAUGAAAUCUGAGAGAAAAGCAGCUAAAGUUCUGGGAAUUUUAGUGGCUGUGUUUCUGGUUUGUCUACUUCCAUAUUUUAUUUUUACAUUUUUAGGCGAAAUUAUUAAACUACAGUCAGAUACCUUUCAGAAAGUCCUUAUUCUGAUACAUCUUAAUUCCACCAUUAAUCCAUUUAUUUAUGCUCUGUUUUACCCAUGGUUUAGGAGGUGCAUUAAAUUAAUUAUAACUCUGCAAAUAUUUCAAACAGACUCUUCCUUAAUCAAUGUUAUGUUAUGA